AUGCCUACAGAUUAUGCAGGCAACUAUGAACAUGAUUAUCGUAAGGCACACCUGCGUAGCCACACCCUAAGCUCAGUAAACAGCCCUCAGGGUGCCGACGCUUGCAGCGAGUGUACACCCUUUGCCAAUAGUCAGUCUCGAUUACGCAUUGUUCUGAUCCCCUCUUUGCAAUUGCCCAUGUCCCAGCUGCCAUCCAUGCUCCAGUUAUCAGUAUCUGCACCGCAGCUGUCAGACGCGUCCCAGCCGUCGGUCGCAUCCCAGCCACCGUCCAUGCUCCAGUUGUCGCCAGACAUGUUUCAAUCGCCGGUCGCUUCCCUGACAUUGUUGUCUGUGUCCCAGCUGCCGAGCGCACCCCAGCCAUCAGUAUCUGCGCCCCAGCCAUCAUUAUCUGCAUCCCAGUCACCAUUACCUGCUCUCCAGCUGCCUGCCGCACCCCAGCCAUCAUUGUCGGCGGCCAGCCCACUAUUGCCUAGGCAUCAAGUAAAUUCUGUCAAUAUUAAUCAGUUUCAAGAGCAUGAACAAUCAGACAAACAAGAUAAGCAGGACAAGCAAGAUGGGAUAGAUGAUGACGAAGUUGACAAUGCUCUCAUUCACGCAAUCCGCAAGUCGAAGACGAAGGCCAAACAUGACACUACCGUCGGCAGCAAAGCCGGCAAUCCUGGGAAGUUCAAAGGCGAGAUGACCGAGUUUCUUGAGGACUACCGGUACCACUACGACGCGAUCCGAGUGAUGAAGCAGGGGAAGGUCCGGGCUUUCGAGCAGCUAUGGUUCAAUCUCCGGGCAAAGUUUUGGGAAUGCUUCUCGUUGAAGGAUGUCAAGAUUGCUUGGAGCGAGGAAGCAAAAGAUUGGGAGAAGGAACAGCUGAUCUAA